AUGGGCAACCAAAUGAGUGUCCCACAAAGAGUCGAAGACCAAGAGAAUGAAUCAGAGAUAGACACUAACAAGAGUAGAUGCGCACAAAACGGGGUGCCGGUGAUCAUAUCAACCCGCGACAUUCCUUGCUAUGAUGAAGUUGAUUUGGGAAUAAGUGUCAAGGAGGAUAAUGCGGUCACUUCUUCCCCCGAGACAAUGGAGAUGAGCGCUGUUGCGGAUGCCAACGGAAAGAAUCUUGGGAACGAGGCCAAAGCCGGGGCGCCAGCUGCUAAAUCUCGUUUUUUCUUGACACUCGCUCGGCCUGUACCAGGACGUGCUGGAGACCAAGCCACGGAUGCAUCCACUGGGUCAGUGAAGCUUGAUGUCAGCUCCAAUAAAGCUCUAGGGAACAAAGAACCAAGUGAGAGCGUGACUCUUCCGGGGGCAGCUGCACGGGGGCACGACCCAGAUAAAACCCCAGGGCAGAGCCCAGCCGGGGACGAAGGCGUCUCUGCCACUUGGGGACCAGCGCCCGUCUCACCUGAGUCAGGGGGAGCAGCCCCCGCCAAGCCUAAGGACUCCGGCUUUUUUGACAAACUCUUCAAACUGGACAAGGGACGGGAAAAGGCACCAGUGGACAGCCAGCAGGAAGCCAAGAGCGCGGAGCGUCAGGACCAGGCCGAGGAAGUCCCCGGAUUGUCAAGGCCUCCCGAUGAUGUCCCUGCAGAGAGGGACAUAGUUGACAGCAAGGGGAAGGAAGGACAAGAGAUCCCAACUGUGAGGUGCUCUUUCCCCGGGGACCCAGAGGAACUGGACGUUGCAAAGGAGGACCCCCAGGCAACAGAUACAACAGAGAAUCGCAAUUCCAUCAUGAGCUUCUUUAAAACUCUGGUUUCACCUAACAAAGCUGAAACAAAAAAAGAUCUGGAAGAUACGGGUGCGGAAAAGCCACCUGUCCCGUCACCUGACGUCCAGUCAGACAAAGCUAACUUUAUAUCCCAGGAGACCAGAGGGACGGCCAAGAAUCCUACAUCCUCUGAAACAGCGAAGGAAGCCCCCAAGGAAAAGGGGGCACCCACCUCUCUGCCUCUGAGCAAACUGUUCUGGAAAAAGUCAGUUAAAGAGGAUUCAGUCCCCGCAGGUGCAGAGGAGAAUGUGGUGUGUGAAUCACCAGUAGAGGUUGUAAAGUCCGAGGAAGUAGAAUCAGCCUUACAAACGGUGGAUCUCAACGAGGAAGGAGAUACCACACCUGAACCCACAGAAGUAAAACUCAAAAGAGAAGACCCCAGACCACCAAGAACCUCCCUGAUGGCGUUUCUCAGACAAAUGUCAGUGAAAGGGGAUGAAGGGAUCACCCACUCAGAAGAAAUAAAUGGGAAAGACUCCAGCUGUCAAACAUCGGACUCCGCGGAGAAGGUCAUCACGCCCCCGGAGCCGGAGCCGGCAGGGGCGGGCCAGAAGGGCAAGGAGGGUUCCUCCAAAGACAAGAAGGUGGCGGCUGAGGGGAACAAACAGAAGAGCAACAAGCAGGACGCCAAAGAACCCACCCAGUGUGUGGAGCCGGCCGUGGUGGAGGUGAACUCACUGCAGAACGGGGACAAGUCCCAGAAGAGACCGGAGAAGCGGCGACAGUCCCUCGGCGGCUUCUUUAAGGGCCUGGGACCAAAGCGGAUGUUGGACGCCCAAGUGCAGACAGACCCUGUAUCCAUCGGACCAGCUGGUAAAACCAAGUAA